CGCGGAAACUUGUCUGAAAAUUCAAACUCAAUCAAUGUGGCAGGGCAGAAGGCGAAGCCGGGAGGCGAAGCCGGGAGGCGAAGCCGGGAGGCUCAUUAGCAUGUUUAUUAUUGCUUUAAACUUCACUCUAAAACUAAAUUAGGCAUUCCAUCAAAGCGCGUUCCGUGUCUUACUCUUAGAAGGGAUUGCUUCUGGUUGAUAGGCACAGAAAGAAAGAAAUCUGGUUUUUGUGGAAGGUUCAUUUUUCAUUUAGUGGCUUCGUUUAAAUGUUUUCCGACAUCUUGACCACUAAUUUUCUUUGUUUUACUAGAGCCUUUCAAUUCAAGACCAAUGAUAGAGAGCCACAAUAUUUGGUAUUCGGGCAGAUAUAUUGAGAAACUGAAAAUAGCCUAAAGAUCUUUAUCUUUUUUAUGAUUUCUGCAUGCCUUUUUGCGCUUUGGAUUUUGAACGAAAGUUUUUUUUGUCCGUUAGUGUCGGAAUUGAUUCGAAUUUUGGCGAGCUACGAAAUAGUAUAGAAUUUUGUGGUGUUGAUGCUUUUUCUUAGCAGACGCAAUGGAUACAAGAUAGAUGAAAUAGAAAGGUAUCAUAGCUUUGGUAGAAAAAAUACGAAAAAGAUGUGUUGCGCAAAAUUUUUCUGAUUGCUACUGCGGCGCACGAAAUUCAGAUUGUUGACGUUGUCGUUUGGAGGUCCUCGGAUUGCAGCUGCCGUCGUCCUUUGGAACAGCUUUGUUCGCAAGGACCACGCGCCGUUUGUUUAUUGAGCAGGUAUCAUUUGAAUUUCUUCGGUUUCUGGGUUGCUUUUCUGAUGCCGAGGAAUCUUCAAGAUGAC